AUGCCUGUUACUCGAAGACGUCACAGCAAUGGGACAAUAUUCCCCAACUGUACAGACACCAAAGAUUGCAGUCCCUCUGCUAAGAGAUGUCAUCUUGCUGCAGUCCCUCUGCUCAAGACAUGUAAUCAUAAAAGCAUGCUAAUAAUUUACUUACCUUUCAACAACAAAGAUAUAACAACUAGAUUAAUCAAAAGGAAGAAAGCAACUACAAAAAUAUGGUCUCUAGUAACCCCUAAUUCCAUAACAAGAUCACAGAAGCUUGUAUUAGUUAGCCUCCAUAGGAAUUGUGAUGUCUUGAACAAGAUUCUGGCAAACAUUCCAAAUUGCCAAUGUUCUUGA